AUGGCAAAGGGUUCCUGCAGAGGCCUGAAAAUAUGCUGUGGUGUGACAGCAAUUUUCCUGAUAAUUUUUGCUGUUAUUUUCACAUCUUUAGCACUUACCAUAUUCAAGCCUAAAGACCCUAAAAUCAUCGCUCACUCUUUUGGUUUAAACAACUUCGAAUCAGGAAAUUUUACAGCAAAUGUCACGUUGAGUUUGGUUAUUACUAUUGAAAACCCUAAUUAUGGGAGCUUCAUGUUCAGGAACUCUACUGGGUACGUCAAUUAUCAUGAAGAUCUUGUCGCCGAAAUUCCCAUUGAUGGAUGCUUUGUUCCUUCUCAUUCCACGGUUAAUAUCCCAACUUCCGGUGCGCUAAUGGAAGAUAAGCUGCUGGAAAAUCCAUAUUUGCUGCCGGAUAUUAUGGCUGGGAGCUUGAACUUUACAUCGUCAGCAGUUAUAUAUGGGAAAGUGAGUGUGUUGAAGAUCUUGAAAUUGCAUGCUACUGCUUAUAUUUCAUGUGAUAUCUCUAUAUUUGUUCCAAGUCAGGAUAUUGAGUCUACUUGUAAUUCUAAAUUCAAGCUUUAA